AUGUCCGCACAGAAACUAGCUUCUGGUGUAGCGGGCAAGAUGUCCUCCUACAAUCCAACUUCCGCGGAAUCCAAAACGUCCAUCCAUAGUAAAGUUCCAGAGGAGGAUAUGGAGGCCGCAAACACUGAUGAUAUUGACGAAAACGAUGAGUCCGGCCAGAAUAUCCUUCUGAACAUCAUUUCGCAGUUGAGACCCGGCUCAGAUUUAUCAAGAAUCACGCUACCCACUUUCAUUCUGGAAAAGAAGUCGAUGCUGGAGAGAGUCACUAACCAGUUGCAGUUCCCGUCAAUUCUGCUGGAUGCACAUGCGGAGAAGGACCAGCUGCAACGGUUCAUGAAAGUCAUUAAAUGGUACAUGGCAGGCUGGCAUAUCGCGCCAAAGGCCGUGAAGAAACCUUUGAACCCAAUUUUGGGAGAAUACUUCACCGCAUAUUGGGAUCUGCCAAACAAGCAGCAGGCUUUCUACAUCGCUGAGCAGACAAGUCAUCACCCUCCGGAAUCCGCUUAUUUCUACAUGAUUCCAGAGUCGAACAUUAGGGUUGAUGGUGUCGUGAUACCAAAGUCCAAGUUCUUGGGUAAUUCUUCCGCAGCCAUGAUGGAGGGGAAGACCGUGCUGACGUUCUUGGAUAUCAUUGAUCUAAAGACAAACAAGCCAGAAAAGUACACUCUGACGCAGCCAAAUAUGUAUGCAAGGGGUAUCCUGUUUGGCAAGAUGAGGUUUGAGCUGGGAGACCACAUGAUUAUCAAAAGUUCGCAUUACGAGGCGGACAUUGACUUCAAAACAAAAGGUUUCAUCUCAGGGACCUACGAUGCUAUUCACGGCACGGUCAAGGAUGACAAGGGCAACGAAUGCUACGAUAUUACCGGUAAAUGGAACGACGUGAUGUACUAUAAGGACUUGCGUUCAAAAUCUGCAAAGAAGGAGGUUCUGUUCGACACUCAUAACGACCACCCCUUAAGGCCAAAGGUUCGGCCUUUGUCCGAACAAGGCCAAUACGAGUCCCGGAAGUUGUGGAAGAAAGUCACAGAUGCGCUUGCCGUUCGUGACCACAAAGUCGCUACGGAUGAGAAGUUUCAAAUCGAGGAUUCUCAGAGACAACUGGCGAAGAAAAGGGUGGAGGACGGCGUUGAGUGGUACCCGAAACUGUUCAGGAAAGUUGGACCAGGCCAUGACCUCGACUAUUAUAUAUAUAAGCAUGUGCCAACAGGGAAUAACUACGAGGACCAGAUUAGGAGCAUCCUGGAGAUCGCGCCAAUUAUACCUGGUCAGCAAUUCACAGAGAAAUUUGCUAUCCCUGCCUAUGAAAAACACGAAAUCCAACAGAAAGAAUUGUCAGGUGCAAACUAA